GUUGACAAGGUAACAGGCAGAGUAAAUGGCCAGUUCAAGACAUAUGCCAUUUGUGGACCAAUUCGUAGAAUGGGUGAAUCAGAUGACUCCAUUCUGCGUCUGGCAAAAAAUGAUGGAAUUGUUUCCAAGUAUGUAUGUUUAUCUCCUCCUCUAACUCUUGCAGGAGAACUUCUAGCUGAAGAAACUCCG